AUGCCAGCAACUAAAACAACCUACGAAAUCGUUGCCUUCGUUCUCACAGUCGCCGUACUCAUCGCCACAACAUGCGGCGUCGGAAACCCUUCUAUCACAGCCUACGAACUCCUCCAGUCUUAUGACUUCCCGGUGGGCAUCCUCCCAGAAGGCGUAACCCACUACGAUCUCGAGGAAACCACUGGAAAAUUCAAUGCGUAUUUUAAGGGUUCCUGCAGUUUCUCCCUUGAAGGCUCGUACCAGCUAAAGUACAGCUCCAAGAUCAGUGGGUACAUCUCUAAAGGAAAGUUGACGGGCCUUUCUGGAGUCAGUGUUAAAGUGUUUUUCCUUUGGCUUAAUAUUGUGGAGGUUGUGAGGAAUGGGGAUAAUCUUGAAUUUUCUGUUGGAAUUGCAUCUGCUGAUUUUCCGAUUGAUAAUUUCUACGAGAGCCCGCAAUGUGGGUGUGGAUUGAAUUGCAAAGCUGUUUAUAAUAAUUUACCAAAAGGGAAUUUUAGAAGCAAUCCAUUCACUUCUUCAAUCUAG